AUGGAGUCAAGUCGAACGAUCGUUGAGCUGAAAUCUGCCUUUAUAUGGACUCAAGUCCGUAUCUUCUCCGAGAGUCUCGACCUACCUGAAGACUGGCGGAACUAUGCCACCGAAACCGAUGAAGGAGAUCUGAACCCCAAGGUCAUCGAAGAUGUCCUACACAAAGUGAAUGCCGCCGCCAAGCAGCACAACCGCGUUGUUUAUUCAUCACAAGCAAUACAUCACGUCGCCCAACAGAUUGCAAGUCUGUACUGGGCCUCGGUCAGUCAAGAUGCUCGCAGUCGGAGGGUAUUUGCCCGAGGCGUUGAAAAGACCGCGGAUUUGUCAAGGCAAAUGAACAUCACAAAGCUGCCUGUUGAGCUGGAAGGCCAGGAACCAAGCGAAGAGCAGAAUACAAGAUACCAGCAGCUCCGUGAGCGCCUGGCUAGCCUCGAUAGUCAACGGCAGCAACGCCAACGGCGCCUCGAUCAAUUACAGCAUCUUCAGCGAUUGCUUGUACCAUUCAAAGACCCCUCAAAAGAUAUCCAACCAAACCUUAUCACCAAGGAUGGUGAGCUUGUUCAAGAAUUAGAGAAAAUGCGAAUUCUGGCUGCAAGAGUUGGAGGCAGGAUUGCACAACAGACACGAAGCAGCGAUAUCCCUGGAACCCACGAGUACUCGCUACCAGGCUCUGAUCAGAGAUUGGAGGCCUUGAUGGAUAUGACUUGA